CGCUAGAAUAAUCGCCAAAGCCGCGGUGGCGCAUGCGCUUAACAAGAGCGCCUGCCAUUGGCGUCACCCGGGGAGAUGCAGCGGGUGAUCCAGCUCUGGCUCCUGUGGAGGCGACCUCCGACUGCGGGGGUUCCCGGGAAGAACAUUGGCCUCAGACGGGCCACCUCUGGCGUGUCUCCUCCGGGCAGCACCUCGCCCAGAGCCCUAAAUAUCUUCGACCGGGAUUUGAAGAGGAAACAGAAGAACUGGGCGGCCCGGCAGCCCGAGACUAUGAAGUUUGACUACCUGAAGGACGAGGUUGGAAGUCGGAUUGCAGACCGUGUAUACGACAUAGCCAGAGAUUUCCCCCUUGCUUUGAAUGUCGGUUGUGGAAGAGGUUACAUAGCACAGCAUUUGAAUAAGGAAACUGUUGGGAAGUUUUUCCAAGCAGACAUAGCAGAACAUGCUUUGAAAAAUACCUUAGAAACGGAAAUUCCUACUGUCAGUGUUUUAGCUGAUGAAGAAUUCCUUCCUUUCAGAGAAAAUACAUUUGACCUGGUGGUUAGCAGUUUAAGUUUGCAUUGGGUGAAUGACCUUCCAAGAGCACUGGAACAGAUUCAUUAUGUUUUAAAGCCAGAUGGGGUUUUUAUCGGCGCAAUGUUUGGAGGUGACACACUCUAUGAACUUCGGUGUUCAUUACAGUUAGCAGAAACGGAAAGGGAAGGAGGAUUUUCUCCACACGUUUCUCCUUUUACUGCUGUCAAUGACCUAGGACAUCUGCUCGGGAGAGCUGGCUUUAAUACACUGACUGUGGACACUGAUGAAAUUCAAGUUAACUAUCCUGGAAUGUUUGAAUUGAUGGAAGAUUUACAAGGUAUGGGUGAGAGUAACUGUGCUUGGAAUAGAAAAGCCCUGCUGCACCGGGACACAAUGCUGGCGGCUGCUGCUGUGUAUGGAGAAAUGUACAGAAAUGAGGAUGGUUCAGUACCUGCGACAUAUCAGAUCUAUUACAUGAUAGGAUGGAAAUAUCAUGAUUCACAGGUUACCGUUGACCUCAACCUGGGCUGCAUGGUGAGGACUGAAAAAAAUUCUGCUGUCUGGCUCCCAUUCCCAGAGAUUCUGGUUUAAUUUGACCUCAGGAGUUUUAUAGCUAUAGAUCCUCCUCCAGAGCAACAGCUUUCCCGAGGAGGAAAAACUGACUCACAGAUAAACCCCAUUUUACCCUUUCUCCUGUUGUAGUCAGGUAAAGGACUUCUGCUGCUGUGCUGGUUAUCACUCAUGGGUUGUGCACUUUGCGAUGGGCUUGUGUUACAGAGGAAGACUGUGUCAGACUAGGCUGGGGGUGAAGAAAGCACAGGUUUGUCACUCAGUACUUAUUGAGCACCUACUACAUAUGAGGCCCUGAUACCUAGAGAUGAGAAGCGCCUACUCGCCGCCCCCACAGAGCUCACAGCUGCGCUGACUGGAGAACACAGUGACGCUGACAUUGUGCAUGUUUUUGCAACCAAAAGUAUUUUGACUGAGACUCAGUGAAGGCACUGUACAAAUUAGGGCACCGCGGUCCUCCGAUAAAUAAGGCAGGGGCCCUGUCAGCUCUUCAGUGCGUGCAAUAACACAGGCACUCUACUGUAGUUCGAGGUGGAAUAUGAGAUACGCCAGAAGAGAGGUCUUACCAAAGCACCUUGGGAGUUCGGAGGAGAAAGAAUGUGCAGUCUGUGUGUGGUGGGGGUGGGGCGCCCUCAGGGAAGGCUUCAUUCCUUUUUGCAAUCAUUGCCCUAAUUCACUGGGCACCUAUGAGUUCCCAGCCACUGUGCCAGGUGCUGGGGUGUAAGGAUGAAAGAGGCCCAGGCAUUAGGGGCCUCCUGUCAAAUGGAGCAGAACAAUAAACAACAGGAUUUCUUCAAAUCUAAGGGCUAUUCAUUGUGAGUUGUCUCCUAAUUUUGGAGAUGUUAAAAUUUAGAGAAAGAUGAGAAAGAUAUAUUUUAGAAUUAAUGAAAUAAGUUAGUCAUAGAUAACGCAGAAUGCUUACAAUGGACUAGACACUGUCCUACGUGCUUCCACACAGCAGUUUUUACGUAUUUAAUAAAAGGCAAUUAUAUGUAGUGACAAGUGGCUUACACUGAGUAGGCUUUUGGGAAACAUGGUGAAUAAACGAGGAAAUGAAUGAAUGAAUGAAUAUUAGAAGGAUAACCAUCUGUCCUCCACCCUUUCAAAACUGUAGUGUUAUCAAGUGUUAUUUAGUGUUACUGAGAGAGAGAUGGCUAGGUAAUGGUCCCAUUCCGUAUUUCU